AUGCUGCGACGGCAGACCGAAAGGGAGGAGAAGGCGCAGCGGCAGAGCGCCACCACCGUCGCGCUCCUAUCGCUCAACACUAAUAACAACGACAAAAACGAAACAAACGACAAUAAGUACGGAAAUGGAGCAAGAAACGGUGAUGAAGAAUCGUCUCAGCCGAUGCUCCGGUUUAUGGAUAACGCUCAAAUCGAUUCGAGCGGGAACCUCCUAAGUCCGGGGUCGACAUCCAGCAACGGCGGAAUCGUGUCAAGGAGACGGAGCGUCGUAGUGGCUUUCAGCGACGAACUAAUUACCAGGAGUGGUCCCGCCACUACCACCGCCGCCGCCGCCGCCGCAGCCGCUGCAGCUGCUGCCGCCGACGCCGGUGCUCCGUCCGCUGCGGUAACGACGUCCACUGCCUCCACUGCCUCCACUGCCACCACCACAACCGCCGCCACCACCACCGCCACUGCCUCGGCAAACGUCGCACUUUGUUCGACCGAGAAGACGACGCAGACGGUCGAAGGGACAGCGUGGAACACGUCUACCUCCGCCAGUACCACCAUAGUAGCACUGAACAACGCCGCGGCCGACUCGGACGACCAGGACAUGACUUGCCAAGAACUUUUGGCCAUCAGCGGGGCCCUGUCGGCAGCUCUGCCCACCGGACAAUCAGCCCUGACGUCGCUGCUGAAGGCUCUCGGCAAGACUGGGGGUGCCUCCAUGGCCACCAUAGUGCAAAAUGUCAACCGCACCGCCAACAACAGCAACAUCCAUAACAACAACAACAACAACCACAGGAACAACAAUAGGACGAAACGUCACGCGCUCAUGGACAGGCAAUCGGACGGCGAACUGAUGAUGGACAAUGACCAUUUGGAGAGUAAAAACAAAGCGUGCCUCACCGACGCCGUGGGUUGUCUGCAGAUUUAUUGUCUGGUGGGUUGUUCCCUGUUGAGAGAGUGUAUAAAGCUCCUUGUCAACCACAGACGAUUCCAGCAGUGCAUUUUGCUAGCAAUACUUAUCAACACGCUCAGCAUGGGCAUAGAGUACCACAAUCAGCCCACGGAACUCACUGUAAUCGUGGAAUACAGCAAUAUUGUUUUUUCUGCGAUAUUUGCCGCCGAGAUGUUUUUGAAGGUAAUCGCCGAGGGGCCGUGCGGUUACGUCAGUAACGGUUUCAACGUAUUCGAUGGAAUCAUUGUCAUAUUAAGUAUAGUGGAGUUGACUCAGUCGUUUGAGAACACUAGUGGACAACGAGAAGGCAAUUCAGGGCUGAGCGUGCUGAGAACAUUUAGGCUAUUGAGAAUAUUGAAACUCGUCCGAUUUAUGCCAAACCUACGUCGUCAAUUGUUCGUCAUGCUCCGUACCAUGGAUAACGUUGCAGUGUUUUUUUCACUCCUAAUUUUGUUUAUCUUCAUAUUCAGCAUUCUCGGAAUGUAUCUUUUCGGUGGUAAGUUUUGCAUGUACGGGAACGGAGCCCGGGAAUGCAACUGCAAAGAAAUUGUCACUAAACAUCCCCUGUGCGUCUGCGAUCGAAAACAUUUUAAUAAUGUGUUAUGGGCAACAGUCACCGUCUUUCAAAUUCUGACACAAGAAGACUGGAAUAUAGUGUUGUUUAACGGAAUGGAAAAAACGAGUCAUUGGGCUGCUCUUUAUUUCGUGACGCUGAUGACUUUUGGCAAUUACGUGCUGUUCAAUUUACUGGUAGCAAUUUUGGUUGAAGGAUUUUCUUCAGAGCGUAAUGAACGCAGAGAACGUGAACGACGUGAGCUGGAGAGGCAACAACAGUCGUCGUGGUGCAAGUGCACCUGUUCAUGUUAUGGUGACGACAAAGGGGAUUGUGAAUUCUGUACGGAUAAAAAAAGUCUAAAUGGAAAAUCAAGUACUGAGUUAAAAAUCGAAAAUCCAAACAGAGACAUUAUAACCAAUAAAUGUAAUACACACAAGGACACUUCGUUAGUAAUCGCUCCACCGCCGCCGAUAAUUACACACACGGCGGCCACACCGCAAGACUCGCCAAAUGCCGCCCACGAAUCGAGGGAUUUUCGGCGAUUUCAAUCACUCACUCCGUAUACAUUUUUGCCGUUCGACACGAAUGGAAGCGGAUUUUCCAUUGAUUCGAUCGACUGUUCAGUGCGUUCGUCAACAAAUAGCUUGCAGAGUGUUUCAAAGUUUCCUAAGAUCAACAACAGAACUCCGCAGAUAUCCAGUCCGCAAAAGUUGGUAGCGAAUCAAAGUUUUGAAACGAUUCCGGAAGACGUUUCUUACAGUGGAGAAAAUGGUGAAAAACUUCAAAGACGAUAUUCGUGGAAAAUCUCGAGACCCUCGUUGAGACGAAAGUCGAAAUUCAGCAACGCAGAGUGUGAAAGUGACGAUCAAGGAAUACUGGUUGUGAACAACAACAAUAGUCAUCCGGCAGUGAACUCCGGUGCCGGACAAGACCACUCUCAAUGCAACGGCGGCGUUUCCAAAAGUCCAUCGCCGAAUUUCCGGGCGGCCAACAAUAUGUUGUCCGAAUAUAAUACUAUUGAAAGGUCUCCGUCGACUGUACAGCAGAGCACGGUCAAUUACGUCCUGGCCGGUUGUCAGUACGACUGCUGUCAACCGUGCGACACGGAAGGGUGCGCCGGGACCACGGACGACAAGGCAUCCGAACCGUGUUGCGACUGCGACGCCGAGUCGGAAACGGCCAAGGUGAACGUCCGCAAGUUGUUCUAUUUCUUCGAGGAGAAGGGUUGGCUCAAGGACCGGGCCGAGUACUCGCUGUACAUAUUUCCGCCGGAACACGGUUUCAGGCAAUCGUGUGGAAAGUUCAUCAAACAAAAAUGGUUCGACAACGCGGUGCUUACGUUUAUAGCGCUGAACUGCAUCACUUUGGCCAUGGAAAGACCGAACAUACCGCCGGACAGCAAAGAGAGGACGUUUUUGGGCACGGCCAAUUACGUUUUCACCGUGGUGUUUGCGCUCGAGAUGUUUGUCAAAGUCGUGGCCGCUGGCAUGUUCUACGGCACCGAACCGUAUUUCAAGUCCGGUUGGAACAUCAUGGACGGACUGCUCGUGGUCGUGUCCAUCAUAGAUCUGCUCAUGUCAGUGAUCUCCGAGAGCAGCCCAAAGAUAUUUGGAAUACUGAGGGUGUUUAGACUGUUAAGAUCGCUGAGGCCGUUGAGAGUGAUCAACAGAGCCCCGGGCCUGAAAUUAGUGGUACAGACACUGCUUUCGUCAUUGAGGCCAAUAGGCAACAUUGUACUGAUUUGUUGUACAUUUUUCAUAAUUUUCGGUAUUUUAGGAGUUCAACUUUUCAAAGGGACGUUUUUUCACUGCGAGGGACCUAACAUCAAACACGUGCGCGACAAAAAGGAAUGCCUGGCUGACAAGAAAAACGCAUGGGUCAAUCAAAAAUACAACUUCGACGAUCUGGGCAAGGCGUUGAUGUCUCUGUUCGUGCUGUCGUCCAGAGACGGCUGGGUGAACAUCAUGUACACGGGCCUGGACGCCGUGGGAGUUGAUCAACAACCGAUCGAAAACUAUUCGGAAUGGCGGCUGUUGUACUUUAUAUCGUUCAUACUGCUAGUCGGGUUUUUCGUGCUCAACAUGUUCGUCGGCGUGGUGGUGGAAAACUUUCACCGGUGCCGGGAGGAACAGGAAAAAGAAGAGCGAGUCCGGCGGCUGGCCAAACGGGCCAAGCAAAUGGAAAAAAAGCGCAGAAAAAUGCACGAGCCACCGUAUUACAGAGACUACAGCAGCGCCAGGCUGUUGGUGCACAGCGUAGUCACGUCCAAAUAUUUCGAUUUGGCCAUCGCUGCCGUUAUCGGUCUCAACGUGGUCACGAUGGCACUAGAAUUUUACAUGAUGCCUAAAGCGUUGACUUAUGCGUUGAAAAUAUUCAAUUAUUUUUUCACCGCCGUGUUCAUACUGGAGUGCGUGAUGAAAAUGUUGGCGCUGGGACUUCAGCUCUACGUGAAGGACAAAUGGAAUAUAUUGGACAUCGGAAUCGUCAUAUUGUCCAUAGUGGGUAUCACGUUGGAAGAAUUGGAAUCGAAAAUCAUACCCAUCAAUCCGACCAUCAUCCGAGUGAUGAGAGUCAUGAGGAUCGCUAGGGUUUUAAAAUUACUGAAAAUGGCUAAAGGAAUAAGAGCUCUUUUGGAUACCGUAAUGCAAGCAUUACCUCAAGUGGGAAAUUUAGGACUCCUGUUUUUUCUAUUGUUCUUCAUAUUCGCCGCAUUGGGUGUGGAAUUGUUUGGAAGACUUGAGUGCAGCGACGAACACUCGUGCCAAGGCCUGGGCGAGCACGCUCACUUUGGGAACUUCGGCAUGGCGUUUCUGACGCUGUUCCGGGUGGCCACCGGUGACAACUGGAACGGCAUCAUGAAGGACGCACUCCGUGAGGACUGCGACAGCGCGGCGGACUGCGUGAAAAACUGUUGCGUCGCCGACGGCAUAGCGCCCAUGUUCUUCGUCAUAUUCGUGCUGAUGGCGCAGUUCGUGUUGGUCAACGUAGUGGUCGCCGUGCUCAUGAAACAUCUCGAAGAGUCCCACAAACAGAUGGAGGACGAGAUGGACAUGGAAGAUCAAUUGGAGAGAGAAAUGGCUGCAGAGGAAGAAGAACAAUUGGUUCAAAUGGCCCUUGACCAUGAGUACUCGAUUCAAAAUCCUUUGUGCAAAGAGUUUUCGCUACCCGCCGACUUCACCUUUAAAAGUUUGCCACCUUCGCCUCUAUACCAAAGUCAAGGACGACGAUUUUCUUUCAACUCUUGGAGUGGUAGGAUGGCGGAACCGACUAUCGUACCGUCGCAGAGAAGACGUCAGACCGUCCAGGAGUCGAACAUGCUCGUCCCCCCAGCGCUCAUGCCAACUUUCAUGAUUCCUCAUUUCGAAUCCAGGAACCGGAAAUCGUCGUUGAGCGCACCGCCCCGGAGUGAUGUCACUCGGAGGGACAGCGUCCGGAGUUCCGGUUCGCAGCGGCCGGCGACUGACCAUCCAGAGGCCGCCGGUCAACGCCAGCAGCCCAAGCAGCAACUGCAACAGCUGCAUCAACUGCAACAGUUUACGGACUGGCAGUCGUCGGCGAACCAGGUGCAGCUGCAGGCGAGGUGCGUCUCGGAGGCGAUCGCCGCCGGUCAGGCGACCGGUAGCGGACAUCCGGCGGCGGUGGUGGCCAAGAACAGCUCUGUGGCCUCGGCGCUGCUGGCCGUACCGGCGGCGCCCAAUCCGAACGCCCUGGCCGCUCCGCCGCCCACGCCGCCACCGUCUCUGUCCAAGUCGUACGUCACACUGGCCAUACCCGAGGAGUGCGCAGUCGACGUACCGCUGUUGCGGUCACGUUUCCCGCUGGUCAGGCGACCGGAAGACCCGACCUCGUCCGGUGUGACCGCCGCCGGUCCGGUCAACACGCUGGACGUGCGGAUCGAGGCGAGCGUCAAGAGAAAGACCUGA